AAACCGAUACGUUCUCAAACUUGCCGUUUAGCGCGAAACUGACCUCGAAGAAAUCAUUAAUAUUUGCCACUGAACGACCUCACAAUUAUGAAAUAAUAGAUAUUAAAUAGUUAUAACAUUUUAUAAUUGAUAUAACAUCUUGUAACAUUUUAUAAUUUAUAUAACUUUUAGUGAUUUUCUAGUCAAUAAUAAAAAAAAUCUUUCGAAGUAGUUGUAUUUAAAAUAAAAAAAAGUGUAACGGAUAGCGUGCGUGAAGUGAAAUAUGUUUAAAAUGAUUGUGAUACCUAUAUUGUUAUUUUUCGUAUAUCGUGUGGAAGGGAAGAUUUUUGAUUUAAAUGAUACGGAGUACAGAAAAAUGCCACCUCUGUUCACGAUGGAUGAGUACCAGGACUGCAUGUUGGAGCCAGGUGGAACAUACUGCGUUGUGGACCUGGAGCUGUUCUCUGAUCAGGAGUCUGACCUCAUGAAGAUGAUCAAUGGUUACUCAGAAGUGACAAAUAAACAUUACAACCACACGCAACUGCACAAAGCCGUAUGCCUCACGCACACAUGCGAAUCAUACAUCGGUCACCGGGACAUCAAAAAUGAAGAUGACGUAUCCGCCAUCUUGGAAAACUGUCUCAACAACACGAUAUGGAAGGAGUACAAGUUACAAGCGAGGGUGCUUGCUCUGAAAGAGUGUCAGAGGGAAGGAGAUAAGGUUACAUACGAUAUUAGUGACUAUUCUGUAGCUGGAGUUAUCUUGGUUUUAAUUAUGCUGAAUUCAUUGGGGACUUUCUAUGACGUCUUUAAGAAACCAGAUACGAAAGGUAACCCAUACAUAAUGUCGUUCUCUCUGUUGCGUAAUUGGCAAAAGUUGGUGGCGCCGAGCGGCGUCGGGCCAGAGCCUAGGCUUAAACGCUUCAAGCUGUUCAACGGACUCAGCGUCAAGAAAUCAGGAUUUGAAUCGACGCAGUUACUAGAGAAGAGCCUGAAGGCAGGAGACGAUCCAUCCAAGCAGAUCCUGUAUAACGGCUCUCUAGUGGUGUCCACGUUCUUCGUGAUGUCGGGAUUUCUACUGGCGUUCAACUUCGAGCUUCACGCCGAGAAACAUAGCAUCAGUUGGUUGGAGUUGCCCAAGGGGAUGAUUUUGCGAUGGUUAAGGUUGACUCCAGCGUAUGCUCUCAUCCUGGGUUUGGUCGCGACCGUGAUGAGGCGCCUGGGUACAGGUCCUCUGUGGAACCAGGUGGUGACCGUGGAGAGCGACGCCUGUCGGCAAUACUGGUGGGCUCAUCUGCUGUACAUCAACAACUACAUCUAUGAUGACAACCAGUGCAUGCCGCAGACCUGGUACUUGGCAGCUGACACGCAGCUCUUCGCUAUAGGGCUGGUCUUUUGCAUAGUUGCGCGGACGCAGCGCGCACGCAAGAUUAUACUAGGCCUGAUGAUGGUGGUUUCCCUGCUGACUCCUGCUCUGCACACGUACUUCGAGGAUCUGAACGCCAUCGUCAGCCAGGGGCCAGAGAUCGUGAAGAGUUUAUACAAGACCGACAACGUAUUCAGGCACGUAUACAUCGCAGCACACACGAACCUUGCUUCUUACACGCUUGGCAUGGGAGGCGGCCUGCUGGCGUACCACUGGCUCACCGAAGGAAAGGACUUUGAACACUUUAAAAAAUACCGGUACUUGCUAUGGCUAACUUUCCCCCUCGAUACGCUGGUGAUCCUCUCCGGGGCCCUUUUCUACGGCGACGCCCGCGCACCUAUGGCACUGCGAGUGUUGUACGCUGCUCUGUAUAAGCCUGUCUUCCAACUGCUGGUCGUCUUCUUUACGAUCUGUAUGAUAUUUAAAUCAGAAAAGGUGUACCGUGGCAUAGUGGAGUGGCGUGGCUUCACUUGGACGGGACGGGUGUCGUACAGUGCGUUUUUAGUGCACACGCUGUUCCUGCGCGCAUUCGCUGGCUCCUUCGUGCAACCCGUGCAUCUCACUGACUACUUUGUGGUAAGAACUCAUCUUCCUCGCGUUGUCCCGGCAUUUUGCCGCGGCUCAUGGGAGCCUGGGAUCCUGUUGACAACUAAUCUACCACUACUUUGUGGUAAGAAUGAACGCAUAAGUGUGAAUUUGGAGGAAGCUCGAACUUUUAUAUUAAAAUUGUAUACAAGGUGACGUUAGACAAGUGCAAUUUAAUGAAAAUUUGUCAUUUUUUGGUGAUUUUUAUGUACCGAUCCAAAUUUAACAUAGGUACCUAAAGUUACACCAAGAUAAGUCUGCAACAAUUUUUAUAGCACACGCAGUGCAAGUGUUAUUUUAAACGUCAUUCUUCUAUAAAAUUAUGACGUAUAAAUAACACUUGCACUGCGUAUGCUAUCAAAAUCUUUGCAGGUUUAUAUUAAGCUAGCUCUAGUACCUACCCUACCCAUUCAUAAUGUGGUAAUUGUAGUUUGGAUAUUGAAUUGUUAAUAAAGGAAAAAUGCCAAAAUCUUCUCAUGAAAUUAAGACGGAUUUAUGGAAUUUCAACUUUUAUAAAAUCAAACAAAACAAUUUCUCAUCCCUCAUAAAAUAUUCAAAUAAUUGAAAUUCAACCCGUAACAGUGCAUACGUACUGUAUCUACAUAGGAAGCUGGAAGAAGGUCUUCUUGGCGUUCUACCAUCCAUAACGGUGUCAAAACAUUUGAAGAUAACCGCCUCACUAGCCUACAUAUAACGCCAGUUCUUCUUCUUCUUUGUCAGGGGCUAUGUAAGGCUCUACAGCCUAAAUAUCACUGCGACCAUCCCUGAUCUAUUGUGAUCGCCACCUACUACAACUCUCGAUCCAAACCUGCAACUUCAAACCGCUGCAGGAUCGUCUUGAUCUCGAGAGACCCUAACUCCUCCGGACGCAACGUGUGUCCGCCCAGGAUUGAGUCACGAGUGCGCAUUAGGCAAGGGCAUUCUGCGAGGAUGUGCAAAGGCGUCUCCUCUGCCUCCAUACAGAGUCUGCACCGCCCCAUGUCACGUUUCCCCAUAGUGAGCAUGUGCUUAUUUAAGCAGCAGUGCCCAGUAAGCACCCUUACCAAGUUGCGUAGUUGGUUCCUAGACAGCGCUAAGGCGCCGUUUUGCUGAAGGCCUUGAUAAGCGCCUUGGAAUGAUUCAAGCCUGUAGUUUCUCUCCAGAGUUGAAUGGUUUUGUAGUGACAGUAGGUCUUUAGGGUGAGCCGCGUUAGGUUUUUGGGAAUACAACAAAAAGGCUAAGGACUGAAGUUCUUCCCCUUAGCCCCUGCUCGCGCGAGUUCGUCGGCGUUUUCGUUUCCCGCGAUACCCGCAUGCUCCGGGACCCAACGUAGAACAACCUUGUUCCUGGCUCCAAGGUUGUUCAGUAGCUGCCUGCAGUUACGAAACGAAACGCCAGUUACGAAAAGAGAUUCCUAAGCCCUCCUUCGUGUACACGUUCAACGCAGCUGGCCGACUUUAUUGUCACGCGUGCAAUAGAGUAUUUAAGA